UGGAACUGAGGUCAGAUACCCAGCUAAAGUCAGGACCAAGGUCAAUGUCCGGAUCAGCCUCCAACUGGGCCGCGCGCGUUAUCAGAACUGUAUCUCUCCCCCAGUUCCGUGAGUCUCUGCGGGAUUAGACUUCUGCCGCGGGAGCGGUCGUGGUCACGGGUCGCAUUCCUUUUCAGGAAUUCCGGGAGAAUCUGAGAACCUGGAGGGCAACUAAAAAGGAGAACAAAAUUGACCAUCUCAACGCAGGAGGCGGGACAACCGGUAGUGAGUCGCCGGCAUACCGCUGGUCUGUGAUUGGCCAGCGCAGUAGUGGGCUGGUCGGUAAGAGUGUGGCGACGGCUGUCCAUUGGUCAGCGCAGAAAGGGGCGGGGAAACAAGGGACAGUCAGCCUUUGAUAUGCGUGUUGCAGUGAGACGCCUAUUUGCGAUUGGUCCGUUAGGUGCGGAAGGCAAUGACUGGCUUCAUUCGGCGAUCGGCCCGGGGAUGGGACGCCGGUCUUUUAUUGGCUAAUACCUCUCGAGGCCCGCAAAAUUGAGCCACCUGCUGUCAGUGAUUGACUGGCGAGGACUGGGGCGGGCGUGCAGAAAGCGAAGACAGAGUGCGAUUGGCCAGCACCGGGAGGGCGGCGAUCCCGGCGCGGGUUCCAGAGUAGCGGCGGGCUAUGGCUUCCGGCGGCAGGCGCUGGCUGCGCGGUCUGUGGGCCGUGGGGCAGCCCCUGUUCCAAGGUCGUGCGCUGCUCGUCACCAACACGCUGGGCUGCGGUGCUCUCAUGGCGGCCGGGGACGGCGUACGCCAAUCCUGGGAGGUCCGCGCCCGGCCUGGCCAGAAAUUCGACCCGCGGCGCUCAGCUAGCAUGUUUGCAGUGGGCUGCAGUAUGGGCCCCUUCCUGCACUACUGGUACCUCUGGCUGGACCACCUGCUCCCAGCGUCCGGCCUCCGUGGCCUCCCAAACGUCCUCAGGAAGGUCCUCAUCGACCAGCUGGUGGCCUCUCCCAUGCUAGGCGUCUGGUACUUCUUAGGCCUUGGCUGCCUGGAGGGCCAAACCCUGGAUGAGAGCUGCCAGGAGCUGCGGGACAAGUUCUGGGAAUUCUACAAGGCCGACUGGUGCGUUUGGCCAGCCGCGCAGCUGGUGAACUUUCUCUUCGUGCCCAGCCAGUUCCGAGUCACCUACAUCAAUGGCCUGACGCUGGGCUGGGACACGUACCUCUCCUACCUGAAGUACCGGGUGAGCACGGUGGGUGCACCAGGCACCCAGGGGACUCCUCAGGGGCCACACGUGUGAACCCCCAACGGCAAUGCAUCUGCUCUCCACGGUGAGGUCCUCCUGUGCCUGUGACAGUCCACAAACCACAGUAGGUGGGUGGGGAGCUGAUCACCAGCAGGGUAAAGACCGAGCCCCUCUCUGCUGUUUGAUGUGACCUUGGCCAGGUCCCUGCUGAGUCUUUCCCGCAAGAUUGAGCCCAGCCACAAGACUGGAGGAUGAGGGCUCACUUGGCGACGAGGAGUCCAGAGGGGUGUGUGACCAGACCUUCUUGCACGGACGGACCCUGGGCCCAAGGUGGGGACACAGCCCAUGCCCUUAGAGCAGGGCCGAGCCUGGAGUUGACCUCCAGAAUCUGGGGCCUUAGGCGGGGCCGAGUGGCCUCCAGUAUCCUGCUCGGGUCACGGGCUGUGGAAAUUCUAUUAAAUUAUCUUGUCAUUGAAA